AUGGUGGUGGAGGAACCAGAGAUGGAAUUUAUGGAGAUUCUCACCAACCACAAUUUCGACUUAUAUCACCAUACAUAUCGUGACGACCUUCCAUCCUACAAAUCACCAGAUCUUAUGGACUCUGACAGUGACACAGGUGAUGAAGGCCAUCAAUUCGGGAAUAUCUGCAACUGCAGGUCACGAUGUCAAAUGACAGACAAGGGCAUUAGACCAUCAAAGGGCAAAGAUGUGGAGGGCUAUGAUGUAGAAUUCUCAGCGGCCGGCCGUAGAAGUGGAGAUCGCAGUGACAGUGACAUGCUGGAGACGGUACAAGCAGAGACCGUUCCAAGACAAGACUAGGAUCUCCGGAACGCUCUGUGGAAGGUGAUCCAGACCAAUAUCUAAGUCCAGAUACUUUGGUGGUCAUCAAGAAGGAGCCAUCUUCCUCUGACGAUGAACAUUUUGAGACCAUAGCUGUACAAGUUAAGGAGGACCUAACUCUGAUGGAAGUGAACCCUUGCUCGGCAGAGAAGUCCACGCAUAUGGACACCAUGUCUAUUAUCAAUGCAGAUGGUACGGUUACCUAUAUAAAAAAGGAGUCAACUUUGGAGGAAGAUGAUGACCACAGCGAUGGUGGUACAGUCACAGAUCCGACAGAAUGUAUGACAAGUCCUCUAGAGAAGGUCUCUGACUCUAUCCCGAAAUGUUCUAGAGGUACCAAAAGGUUGUCAGGUCUUCCAGAGAUAAAGUCCCGAGACUGUACAGGGUGGUCCAAGACGCACCAAAGGGCUUCCAAAGCAGGAAAUCCAUUCGCCUGCAGUUACUGUGGCAAAUCUUUCGCUUGCAAUUCAGCUCUUGAAACCCACAGCCGCGUCCACACUGGUGAAAAACCGUUCUUGUGUUCAAAGUGUGGUAAGAGUUUUAUGAGAAUUGCCGGCCUGUGCGCCCAUGAGAAGGUCCACUCUCGAGAGCGGCUGUUUCGGUGUUCUGAUUGCGGGAGAUGUUUUUUCUUCCAGAUCCCGUUUUGCGAGGCAUCAGGUGAUUCACUCGGCAAAGAUACAGGCUUCGAGUUCAGAUUGUGAGAAAGGCGUUGAUAGUGGCCCAUGUUUUGUUGGUCGGGUGAAGGUUCAAGCCCAAGAGGAGCCAUAUCAUUGCUUGGAAGGUGAGGCAUUGGCCAGCCCGGAGGAUCUAACCCUCCCCUGUAGAACUCUACCGGUGGAGAAGCCUUAUUUGUGUCUUGAGUGUGGGAAGUGUUUUGUGUUAAGUUCCUCUCUACUUUUGCACCAGAAAACCCACCGAGAAAAGCAGCAACUGCCAUGUCCAUAUUGUAGUAAGUGUUUCCCAAGCCGCUCUCAUCUUGAGCGCCACGAACGAAUCCAUACGGGGGAGAAACCCUUCUCGUGUUCUUACUGCAACAAAAAGUUUGCCAACCGCUCUUCUGUUGCAGUUCACCAACGGAUUCACACGGGGGAAAAGCCGUAUUCUUGCCUGGUAUGCGGAAGGUGCUUCACCGAUCUCUCCGGCCUUGUCGUCCAUAAGAGGACACAUGACCGAGUGAUGGAAAACACAUGA